AAAACUAUAUACCUAUAAAAUAAAUAAUACGCCUCUGCUUUGUUAAAAAUGUGUCAAUUUGGAUUUUUUUAAAAGAAAACUUUGAUAAACUAGGUGAAAAAUAAAUGGGCUCUCAGAAGAUCUAAUAGAGCAAAGGAUUUCUUUAAGGGAGAAAAAAAAUGUGUGUGCAUGUAGAGUGGAGGGAGGGGGGGAAUUGCAGAGAUAAGGAAAGAUAAAAACAGGAACCAAGCUUAGCUAAUGUUGUAAAAUCAAGAUGGUGCCCUGAGGUUUCUGUCAGUCUCUGUUCCCUGUACUGUGAGUUGGAACAUUGCCAAGGCAUUUUGAUGCAAGGGAGCUACUUCCCCGUUUUUAAAAAAUGGAACUCUUUGAGGGUGACCUUCUUCCCCUUUUCAUGUAGCGCCUUUUGUAAUUUCUGCAUUGAGGAAUCCACAUGGAAGCGAGUUGCCCAGAGGGGAAUUAUUAACCUGAGCCUGUUUCCUUCAGGUAUCAUCCGUGAGCCUGGCUGAUCUGGGAGCAAGAUGCAAAGGCUCCAGACACGAGGAAAUCAUCAGUCGCCAGAAAGGCGCCCUGGCUGAGCUGCGGCAAAGAGUCAGAAUGCUAGAAAGGGGUCACCCAUUGGGUUUUGAAGAGAGAAUUGGAGAGCCACUUAGAGUGCUGAAAAAAGGCCCAGCUGAGAAGGGAGAUGAAAGAACAGAGAAGGAGCAAGUGACAACCCUGAUGACAGCAGCGGAUGCUAAUCAGCUUCAAAGCAGUGUUUCCAGAACAGAUCCCAACUUGACCAUAGAGAGGACUGCGAAGCUGGAAAUGGCUGACGCUUUAGACCUCAGUGAGAACAUGUACCUCAACCUGAUCCAGGAUCUCGCCAACCUGGUGAACGUCAAGGAGCUGACGGGGAUGCAGACGGUGAAGCACCUUCCUUAUGAUGAGAGGGAGAAGCUUGGGGUGCGACGGCAGAAGGACCUUGGGCUGCUCUUCGACAAGAUCAGGAAGCUCAAGGAUCGCCUCGAGAGGAAAGAGUCGCUGCUGAAAGAGUACGAAAGGGACGUCGGGCAGUUCAGGACAAACAAGCAGACUCUGCAAGCCUGCCAGUCUGAGCUGGCCAAAUUGGCUGACAAGAUCUACCGAGAAGCUGAAGAGAAGGCUUUGCUGAAAGAAGCUCUGGAGAGGACUAAAUUGCAGCUGACUCAGGAGAAGAAGCUGAACAGGGCUCUUAAACAGCACAAGAAUCAGUUAGAGGAGAGGAAGAGUGAGAUUUCGUCAUGUUACGCCUGCACUCUGAAAUUCAGGGAUAGCAAGAUGGCAGCCCCUAAGAAACCAUUCCCUGAAAAGCAGGUGGUUGCGGGGCCAGGAGCAGCCUGUAAGAAACGAGUGCACUGCAGCACCUCUGCGUAGGAACAAUUCUGCUUACCCAAGGAAAGCGACAGAGAAGGAAGAUUCUGGCCAGCUCCUUGUCUAAGCUUGUAAAUAGAAGAUGCUGCUACAACAUUGCAUAAAACACCUGGUGUCUUAUUAUACAGAAUUUAUUUAUAUACAUAUAUGUAUAUGUAUAGACUUAUUUGUACAGAUAAUACUCAUAUAUGGUACAUUGUAUCUUGAUUACGAGAAAUGUAUAGAGACUCAACUCAAAAUUAUGUAUAAAUUCUUAAGAUCUUC